UAAAUUUGUGCAGUACUGACACUGAGUACAUAUUAUUGUUCUUUGCACUUGUUCAUUUGUAUCGGACGUAUAUUUAAUUAAUUUAUUAUGAAUGGAUUUAGUUGGAACCAAUGGAAAAUCACGUCGUAUCAAGGAUCAUACCCAUACGUGACUGUAGCAGUAGUAACAGCAGGGGUGCUGGGCGGUGCAUAUUGCACUUACCAACUCUACAGAUACUAUGAAAAACCUAAAUUGCCGUAAUGGAAAGAAGUGGGGUCACUUAAAGAGCUUCACGUUUAUCCAAUCAAAUCCGUCGGCCCCGUUAUAUUAAACAGUGCCGAGUGCACACUCCUAGGUUUAAAGGAUGGUUGGUUACGAGAUCGAGUCCUCAUGGUAGUAGAUGACAAAAACAACUUUAUUACUGGACGGGUGUACCCAGAAUUACUGUUAGUUCAGCCUACAAUACACGACUCUUUCCUUACGCUGAAACACAAUGCAAUUUAAAUCAUCACUAUCGACUUAGCGAAGGUAGUAGCUUCACAAAAAACUGAAACCGCUCGAGUGUGGGGAGUUACAGUGCCAGUCCUUGAUUGUGGACGCGAGGCCAGUGACUGGUUUUGCAGGUUGCUAAAUAAGCCCGCAAUUAAAUUUAGACUGGUUAUAUACGCCUCACAAAAAUGUCGACAGCUGAAGAAUUCCAGCAAACACUUUAGAUUCACAAAGGACGAUACGGGUGCUUUCCCAGAUGAAGUGUCCUUCAGUAUGAUGAACGAGGCUUCAGUGGAGGACCUAAAUACCAGACUACAAGAUAAAGUUACCCCGCGCCAAUUCCGGGCGAACCUCUUUCUCGCCGGCGCUAAGCCUUACGAAGAAGACAAUUGGAAGUUUAUAAAAAUUAGAAAAAACGUUUUUGAAAUAAUCAAACCAUGUUUUAGAUGUGUGUUAACUACAAUAUCACCCGAAAAUGGCGUUCGUCAUUCAGAAAUGGAACCGUUGCAAACAUUGAAAACCUACCGACAAAACGCCGAUCCUGCAAUACGUCGUUCGGAAGGUAACGCGCCCUGUUUGGGUAUGCAGAUGGCGUUACGAUCGGCACCCGGUGGAAUUAUAUCACUCAACGACCCUAUUUACGCCGCGUAAAAUGUAAUUAUUUUUAAUUAUUAAUUAGGUACAAAUAUGGUGUUAAUAAAAAGCUAAGAACGAAA